AUGCCAUCUAUUUUCUGUAUAUAAUUCUUAAAUGUAAACACCUAUAAAAUAAUAGCUUAGACUCUAUAAGUGCGAAUCCAACCAACUUGAAGAUAUAAUUUAGGAAUAUUAUACCAUAUAGCGACUGUAACAAUUUGAGAAGACGGAUUGA